AUAUAGUGAAUGCAGGGUCUGGGGAGACCAGAUAUAGUGAAUGCAGGGUCCAGGGAGACCAGAUGUAGUGAAUGCAGGGUCCGGGGAGACCAGAUAUAGUGAAUGCAGGGUCCGGGGAAACCAGAUGUAGUGAAUGCAGGGGUCCGGGGAGACCGGAUAUAGUGAAUGCAGGGUCCGGGGAGACCGGAUAUAGUGAAUGCAGGGUCCGGGGAGACCGGAUAUAGUGAAUGCAGGGUCCGGGGAGAGCGGAUAUAGUGAAUGCAGGGUCUGGGGAGACCGGAUAUAGUGAAUGCAGGGUCCGGGGAGACCGGAUAUAGUGAAUGCAGGGUCC